AUGCGCCAGAUGCCUUCAUUUGAUGCCAAUGCCCAGAUCCAAGCUUUUAGAUCUUGGAUUUUGAUGCGCUGUCGACAAGUUUGGCCGUGCAAGACAGAAACGAUCCAAGACACCAAAUUGUUGGCCAUGAUGCAAUUUUGGAAUGAAUUUCGUGAUGUUUCUCUCCCUGAAUUGCUUUUUCCGCUGCGAUGGAAUGAUAGCAUUGAUGGACAUGUCAGCAUUGCCUCUGUCUUGGAUCAUCUGAUCCGGUCCAAAGAAAGGGUCCCACCCACUGUUUGUGAUCCAGAGACGGCCGUUGAUGUUGAUGCCACUCCAUGGAUGGAUUUCCCGGAACUGGUUGAUGAUCCCACCACGGCUGGUUGUAUGAUGGUUGAUUCAUGCACGGUAGUAUUUGAGGGUUCAGGGGAUUCUCCGAUCCGUUUCCAACCCAAAUGUAAUGCCACAUUGAAGCAGUUCAUUGAUGCCCAGGCGAAACUGGUAGGUGAUGUCCAAGUUAUCAGUGCCACUAUGAACGGCACGCCAGUGGGCUUGGAUCAUGUCAUGGAAGUGGCUCAAGUGAUUGUGGUCACUACAUGUCCUUUGUCGCCAGUCCAGGAGUCAUGCCAGGUGGAACGGUCUGUUUCCCCUACUGCUGAGUGGACACAGCCAAUUCAAGACCCGAUUGAGGUUGAUUCACCUCCCCGCAAAGUCUCCAAGUUCGAUGUUGGAGAGUGUACCAUCCCGAAAACCAGUGUACAAGACCAACCGUGGUUGGAUGCCUCUCCUUUCCUGAACUUGCAAGGUGAACAGUUCUUGAAAUUGUCUCUUCCGAGUCUCACCAAUGUGCAGCAACUGUGGUCAGUUCGACAUCAGUUUUUUCGCACUGAAGACAGGAUGAAGAUUUUUGAUGCUCAAGGCCCACUCAUGGCAGAUGAUGAAAUUCGCUUUCACCUGCAUGCAUUGACGUUGGUACAUAGAGAUCAUCAAUUAAAAUUUUCAAGCACCAUGACGCAGGUUCGUGUCAUUGAUCCACUACUUGCCUCUGCGUGGGUCCAUGGGAAAGGUUUUGACUGUGCUUUGUGGGCCAAGGAUCACCCUGAGAUUCGCCAACAGAGCAUGUUGGUCAUCACGGCUGUCCUUGUCAACCAGCAUUGGAUACCAGUAUUCAUGUCACCGGUCAAAGAUGUUCUUCAAGUUUUUACUUGGGAUGGACAGGAUGCAUGUCAUGACACCCUGAAUCGAGUAAUUCAACGGGUUGCUGUUGGUUUGGGUUUUGCUGAAGCCUUAAUCAAUCGAGAACACCGUUUGUUUUUCUCAUCUGACCAGUGUGGAGCUUUGGCGAUUGCGUUCAUCCGAUAUGCAUUGGUUGGGACCAGUUUGCCUGCUGACAGGAAUGAAGCUGAGGCUGUUCACACCAUGCUGCGUGCUUUGCAUAUUCAGACCCUGUUGCAAUGUCAGAUUACUGAUCGGCCUUGGGUUUGGGGUGCUGGAGAUGCUGAUCCCACCGCAAGACCAGACCCAGCCCAACCUGCGCUCCUUAACAUCACUAGGGAUGACAGGAUCGAUCUGAUCAAUGCUAAGGGUUUUGCUAUGGCAGAUGAUGAAAUCAGGUUCCACAUUGUCAAUCUCAUUACCAAUCAAGAGAUACGCAACCCCUUGAUGGGGCGCACGUUUGUGUUCUUUGAACCUCUGGUCUAUAGUUGCUGGUCGUCCAUUGGGAAAACCAUCACUGAACAAUGGUGUGCUAGGCACAUGGAAGUGCGAACCCAAGGUUUGAAUAUUGUCACGGCUUUUUCGGUUGAGGACCACUGGAUCCCACUUUGGUUUUCACCCAGAGGGAAUUGCUUGCAGAUUCACACCUUUCAACAAGAGGCGAUUGAUUUCCGUCAAGUGGAGGAAAUUUUGGAGUUUGUCUCUGACUAUUUGGAUUUUCUCACUUUCGCUGUUCACAAAAUCCCAGUGCGACUCCCUGCGCAUGUCAUGUGUGGUGCGCAUUCGUUGGCGUUUAUUGCCCAUGUCAUCAUGAACAUGCCAUUGCCAGAUUCACUGGAGGAAUUGCGAACACCUCACACCAACAUGAGGGCAUCGUUUGUAGCACAUCUGUAUUCGGUUGAGGUUACACCACAGCCAGUUGUUUGGGGCAAUGGUCCUAAAAGGAUGUCUGAACCGCACUCAAUGCUGCCUGCCGACCUUGCGGAAAUCUCCACCACAUUGAUCCAGGAAGUUGCUUCUAUGGAGUCUGGCAUAGGAGAACACCAGAGAGUCACGCCUUGCUCUGGGAAUCAUUCAGGGGAAUCCGGGCUACUCCCUAGAAUGCCCGCGACUGCUGCAUCACAGCCAAGCAUGCCUACAAGCCGGGGUGCCGUAGUGCCUAGACGAGAUGUUGCAAGUAGCUCAUCGUCCAUGCCGAUUGACCAGUCUGUGUUGGAUGCCAGGUUGCUUCAGGUCACGUCACAUAGUUUUGCCAUGUCAGAUGAUGAGAUCUUGUUUCAGUUGCGGCACAUUGUGUCAUGCCAAGCCCAGCCUGUUGAUCGAGUGUUCUUGAUCCUCCCGCCUUUGUUUGUCACUAGGUGGUUUGAAGGUGAUGAUGCAGAGCUUCGCACAUGGAUUGAACAACACCGUGAUGUGAUUGGCCAGCCUGGUCAUCAUAUUCUUUGUCCGUUGCUCCUUGCUCAGCAUUGGAUACCAGUUUGGCUAGCACCCUCUACUGGAGGGAUGAUGGCUCAUACCUUUGCCGAUUUUGCCUCGGAUGACACUGAAGUCGAGCGCAUCCUACACCUGUUGGUUCACAAGUGUGGUUCAGCUUUGUUAGCAGUGCAUCGAGUCCCUCAUGGCCUUGUGGUCGAUCGGUUGUGUGGUGUAAUGACUGUGAGCUUCAUUGCACACAUUGUCCUUGGCACCAGGGUGCCGCGUUCCUUUGAGGAAUUGACCUCGCGCUGUUGGUCCAUGAAAGAGGUUUUUGUUGAGGAACUGCGGAAGGGUUGCCUGACUUUUCCGGUCCUGUGGGGCUGGGGACUCCAAGGGGAAUCCAGGCUACUCCCUAUAAUGCCUGUGUGGGAAUCUCCAUUGACUAGUUUUGCCGAAGCUUGUGGAGUUUUGCCUGCCAUGUUGCCAGCCGUUUGUAACUCCCUUGUUGGUGGUGACACUGAGGACCCGAUCACUUUGGGCAUGACAAUGCAUGAAAUGUCUCACCAUAUGAAUCUUGUGCGUGACUUUUGCCAGGUGCCCAUUGCAUGUGAAGUGGUUGCACAUCUAGCAUGUCUUGCCGACAAGGUCUCCAGAUUUCUUGAGGGUGAUCAGAUUGGUUUUGCUUGCUCAAUCUUGCAGAAUAUGCAUUGGUCUCCCCUCCUCAUUUGGAAGUCAGAUUUGCGCAUUGUGAUUGCUGGUGAAGAUGGGCCUCACCUUUCGCUUUUGGCCGACUUGUGCCCUGACGGGAUUAUCUUUGCCUUGCCUGUCUGUCCUUUACCGUCUUGUGGUACGGUUGCCCUGAUGAUUCUUGCACAAGGUGUCCUGGGUUUCAGGUGUCCACAUGACAUUCUUGCAGUUCGAGGUUGGUUGAAUUCACUUUGUCCUCACAUUGCCCUGGAUGGUGACCUGGUAGGCUUUGGUCCCUCGAGCCUCCUUUUGCAGAACCUUUGCAAAGAGCUUUUGAAACAUGGGAUUCCAGAGCAUGCCGUUGAGGAUAGAGCCAAGUCCGCCAUCAAGGUAUUAGGUAGUGAGCAGAUCAUGACAGCAUUGGGACAUAGACAACCGUGGCGUCAACUCAAGGCCCUGGGGAAUCACUCAAAGUUCCAGUCUGUCUUACCUACGGAAUUGGCUGAUGCGGUAGAAUCCAACAAAGGCAAGACAGUCGCUCCUAAGGGGAAGGGAAAAGGUAAGAUCAAACCACCCCCCGCCCUUGACCUUGAUCCAGGCAAGUUGCAAGUGCUUGAAGGCACAUUUCGCACACAUGAUCGGAUUUUGCCUCAGUUGUCCAUGAAGCAGAUCGGCCCCAUUAGUUCUGGGUUCAUCUUGAUGUCUUUGCAGGAUGCUGAGCCGUAUCUCAAGUCAGGCCGGGUUGUUUCACAAGAGCCUCUUGCUUUGGUGGUUCUGCAUGCCGCUGGGUCUCACAUUCAGACCGCACUGCCCCAUGCCACCAUUACAGUUCCGUGUCGUUGUACGGUCAACAGUGAGCCAGUUCUUGCUGAAGCUGUGAUUGUUCAAGUUGGUAGUGGAUUGGUUGAGAAAGCGGCUGGAGGUGAAAUCCUCGAUGUUGAUACUCCUGAAGUUGUCACCUUGAAGCUGCUGGUCUACAAAGAUGAGUUACAGCUUGAUUGGGAAGAAUUUUGCCGCUCACCCAUCAAAUGCCUUGUUUCACUCUUGCCAAUGCUGAAACGGUGUGAGAUGCAGGACUGUGGAUGCUCUUGUUGGCAUAAUGUGGAACAAUUGCCGAUUCGCGACCCCAUCCUUGAUGUCUGGAGAAGGCAGUUCUUGCGCCAAGGGUUCAAGCCGUGUCCACCAGCUCAAGCGGAAUUCUUUUCAGUUUGUAUGAGGAUCCCCCAAUGUCUUUUGGAAACUUUGCUGGCUGCAAGCGGUACUUCUGGCGCAUACUGUGAGCCGCGCACUGCAGAUGGGAAGGAGAUCUUGGCUGCAUACACGGUGGUCUGGACACCCAAACACACAUUGCAGGAAAUGCAACAUUUGCGUCAAACCAACCCUGCGGUGACUGGCCUUGCUCGUCUAGGGGAUCGCCGAGGCCUGAGAGUCCGAACCGAGCAAGCCAAGACCAUUCAUCAGCUGGUCCGUCCGGACUCGGUGUACCUUCCCAAUGGUCCAAAAUGUCAGUACUCUGUGGGUCCAUUUCCGUAUGGAGCGGAUCGGCAAGCUGUGUGUCGUAUGCUGCAAAAAGCAGGCUGGGAGUGUAGAGCCCUUCAACCCUCUACGCCUUGUCCGGGCCGUGGAGUCCUUUGGUUAGUGCAGUCGACGGAAGAACCGGCCCAAACAAUCAUCCCCACUUCUUUGGGGGAGAUUAUGAUCACCAAGGUGAAGCAGGAGAUGGUCAAUCAAGCGGUUCCCGCCAUGUCUGUCGGAUCUGCUGCGACUUUGGCCUUGUGUGGCAACCAGGGCAGUGCCCCUUCUGCAGACUGUGACCCUUGGGCCGCAUCCGACCCAUGGCAAACAUACAAACCGCUGCAUGCGGUACCUGCAGGACCACAAGAGGGGAUUCAGCAACUGGAAGAUCGUAUCCAGACCGCAGUCCUGGCAAAAAUCCAACAGCCAAUGGACCAGGACGAUUUACCAGACAGAGUGCAUACAUUGGAAGGCCAAGUUCAACAAUUGCUGCACAAGCAGCAAGGGUUGGAAGUCCAGUUUCACGAUCACAGUAGCCAACAUACACAGCAAAUCAAUGCUCUGCAAAACCAGGUGACGGCACAGGCACAACAGUUGCACGGACACUUGGAAAAUCAGAACCAGACGAUGCAGUCGUUGUUUGAGCAGCAGAUGCAGCAGAUUCGCGGACUUUUGGCCAAGCGGCCGCUGUGGCCGUGUGCUGUAACCACUCUUCUGGUCUGUCACGAUGGAGUUUUUGGCCAGUGUGGCUUUUCACUAUGGUUUGUCGUGUCGGUGAAGCUGCGCACCCUGAGCCCGUUCCGAUAUUGCAUUGGUGGCAAUCCUGUUCCGGCCCAGUCCAACCGGGUCCUACAUGCUGCAUGGCGAGGAGUUGCGGUCUUGUCCAAACAUCCAACCCGUAUGUUGCCUACUGAUGUGCCGUUGGACUUGCUGCAAUCGUCAAGGGUUGUCCUUACCACUACUUUGGUGCAAGACAUGUGGGUCACAGGUGGUACGGUCUAUGGUGAGCCCGACAGUUGUGCGUACCCCAAUCACAAGUUGCACAAUGAAGCCCUUUUACAUCAUGUUGCCAAUCAUGUUUGCCAUUUGGCUAAGGGUCCGCGUUAUGUGGCAGGGGAUUGGAACGUGGACUAUGGAUCGCUCCCGGUUUUUGCUCAGUUGGAAGCAGCAGGAUUCCGUGAUUUGCAAGACAUUGCUAUGUGGAAGGUCCCACAGGCCUUUCCUUGGCCAGAUGCUUGGGAUGUGGACCCUGCAUUUUGGCAGCAGUCACAGGGUACAUGUGCUGAACGAUAUACCGCACUGUGGCAACAUAUCGAGCACCGUGCUUGCGAGAAAUUGCCGUAUCCAGUUUCCAGCCAUGCUAAGGGUAGAGCUGACACGCAUGAGACUACUUACUCCACUGAUGGUAAGGUUUCACCCCCCAAACUGGCUAGGAAAGGAGACGUUCAACCGCAUUUUCUAGGUGCCACUUUUCGCCAUGCCCAGUGGUUGCGCCAGACCCGGAGAUUGCAGUCGUAUGUACGUUUUAUCCAAAAUAACAGUGCUGACUCUCUGCAUGCCAAGCGUGUCUGGGGUUCCAUUGUGCGUGCCAAAGGAUUUCACCCGUCCUUUCCUGCAUGGUGGCAGCAAUGUAUUCAUAGGACGCUUGCUGCACCAGGGACACUUCCUGUCUUCCCUCCCGAGCAUUUAGUUGCGAUUGAAAUCUUUGAGUCUAUGCAAUGUGAGUUACGCAAGUUUGAAAGCGAGCUUAAGUCCUCUUCUAGGAUGUAUGCUAGGCUCAAGAGGGACCGUAACCCUAAUGCCAUCUUUCAGGACCUUAAGGAGUUUCAGCCGCAUGGAGUUGACCUUUUGCUCCACCAAGCCCCUUAUAAGAUCCUUGAAGUACGUCAUGAUGACUGCUCUAUUGUCCUUGACCGCCCUGCUGAUUUUGUGUCUGACCAACCCAUAGUUAGCCAGGGACGCCCGUUUUCGGUCAUCCAUGCUGAGCACGAUGGUCUUUGGGUUGAUGAUGUCUCCACCGUCAAGCCGGGGGACUUGGUUACCCAAUUGGCAUCCAAAGGUACGCAUGAGGAGUUGUCUCAGAUGUUUUUGAAUACCUGGAAAAGCAUGUGGGAACGCCACACCAAUGUUCCGGUUGAGCGGUGGACAAUUAUUUUGGAUUUUGCCAGACAGCAUCUGCCCCGUCGUCAGUUUCAACUGCCUGUUAUUGAUGUCUCCUCUUUGACUGAGUGCCUUGCACACAAAAAGGCUACUACAACGGGUGGUCUUGAUGGGGUUUCACUCUCUGACCUGAAAGCCAUGCCGCCAGAUGCAUUGGGGAACUUCGUUGACAUGUUUCACCAUGCGGAAGCCACGGGUCACUGGCCGCCCCAGGUUGUUGCAGGAAGAGUUUCGUGUUUGGCUAAGACGACGCAUCCUUCACGAGUGUUGGACUUUCGCCCUAUUACUGUCUUGGGUUUGCUGUACAGGUGCUGGGGCACAUUCCAUGCUAGGCACAUCAUCAGGGCUCUUGAUGAGAUUUUGCCCACUGGAUUGUACGGCAGUCGGCCCCAUCGGUAUGCUGGUCAGGUUUGGUCUCACUUGCUUUGGAGUAUUGAACAGGCUUAUGAAUGCUCUAUUCCAUUGUGUGGCAUUAUUGUUGAUAUUCAGAAAGCCUUCAACUUUUUGCCCCGUUUGGUUGUCAUGGAGAGUUGUGCCCUAGUAGGUAUUCCGUUUAGGGUGCUGAGGGGUUGGUCAGGAGCACUUUCGAGCAUGGCACGCCGGUUCAUGCUUAAUGGUAGUCUGAGUCCACCCGCCAUGAGCAAUUGUGGUCUGCCUGAAGGGUUCACUCAGGCUAUGGACUUGCUGCUCGACCAACGGAAGACUCACACGUGGUCGGUUUGUCGAGAGGGUCGGUUUCAGCUCCGUGAGCAGGGCUUGGACACCAUCAACCAGUCUCGCAUUCGUGAAGAUGCCUCUGGUGCAAAUGCCAUGGUUCACCUGGGUCUCCUGGAGUCUGUGGAAGUUGACCCCUACGGGUUUGCCAUUAUGCAGACUUUUCGCUUGACGCGUGAUUGUGGAGUUCAAGCUCGGGUUGAAGGGGUUGCUCACCGACGGUGUUUUUCUGGCUUAGAGCGGUCAGACCCGCAUGACACUCAUGUUUGGAUGAAGUCCCUUGAUGUGGUGGAUCAAGCCCUUUUCCGCAAACUCCUCAAUGGUACACACAUCACCCAGGAUGGUAAGUGUCAUUGCCAGGAAUCCACAACCGAUGAGUGCCCUUUUUGCUUGUGCAGCGACAGUAGGUACCAUAGGUUUUGGGAGUGUGAGCAAUUUGUUUCACUGCGAGAACAUUUGAGCGCGGAAACACUGGAAACCAUUCGUGAUUUACCAGAGGCACUUACUUGCACCGGGUGGUCGCUUCAUCCUUCAACUUGGGAAGAGUGGAACCAAUACUUUGGACAAUUGGUUGAUGCUGCGGUACCUGAUUUUUUGGCGGAAGGGGAUGUGCAUCUCUUCACAGAUGGUAGUUGUCAUGACCAACAUUUGAUUCAGCAACGUUUUGCGGGCUGGUCAGUUGUCCAGGCUUCCAUUGAUGCAGUGCAUGACUUCUCAGGGAGUCGUAUUUUGGAUUCAGGUGUUUUGCCGGGCUUGUUGCAGAGCUCUGUAAGAGCGGAAAUUUACGCUGUGUGGCGGGCUCUUCUUUUGGCUCAGUUUUGCACGGGUACGGUUUACAUCUGGACUGAUUGCGAUGCCGUGGUGAAGCGUUUUCGUAAAUUGCAGUCUGGUGGGCUUCUCCGCACGAACAGUGCCCACGCUGAUCUGUGGGGUGAAAUCAAACUCUGUUUGGACUCAAGACCAGGAUCGACGGUUAUCACUCGGGUCGCCUCGCAUCAGUGCCCUGAUGCGGCUUCGUCUUUCUUGGCUGAAUGGUGUUUUCGACACAAUGGUUUGGCUGAUAAGCAAGCUGUUAGGGCUAAUUUUGCAAGGGGUGAUGUCUUCUGGGGUUUACACCAACGUCAUGCUGUUGCCUGUGAUGGGAUUGCUUUCUAUAAUCGUGCAGUGCAGAGAGUUCUUCUUCGUAUUAGCCAAGAAGUGAUGCGACAGAACACUCCGGUUCUGCUUGAGCCUACUCCAGUUGCCUGUGACAUGCCGGUGCCGUUUAAGCCAUGGUCUCCGUUGCCGCCUUUGCAGCUACCGGCUGCUGCAAUCAGAUGGUAUGGUGAUCCACUGGUUCGGGUCAUUACGAGCUGGUUCUGGCAGGUCGUAGACAGUGCAGAAGCCCUGACUUGGGUUUCCCAUUUCCAGCUUUACGUUGAUUUCAUGCUUGCAACCGGACAGCCGGGUCCAGUUCAUGCAGGCCAAUGGAUCAAUGGAAUGGACAUGCCAUGGGUAGGCCUUAGAGGGUUUUCCUUCAAGCAGCGAACCCGCUGGUUUACCAAGGUGCUUAAGGAGACGCUUCGACACCAGUCUGUCUCACUCCAGAUGGGUUUUGGUAAGCCGGCCUCCCAGAUGAUUUUGUUUCACACUGGCAUGAUCGCCGUGCCGUUUCCAUUGUAUCGCUUGCACCUGAUUGAUGAUUGGUUGCUUCGGGUUGGUGGUGGUUUCACUUUCAGACGUCAAGCCAAAGCAUUGGAACGCUUACCUUUUGCGGAUGUGCACCCGCUCUACCCACAGUUCGUCCUUACUUCAUUAGUUUUGGGCUGCGCCUUCCACGAGCCUGGCGUUUGCGAGGCGGUUGCAUGGGGAGAUGGAGUUAGGCCUCACGUUGGUGUCCUGGAUCUUUGCUGCUAUUGUACCUCGGUGCCGUUUUAUUCCGUCGUGAGUUCGAUGGUCGGAAGGCAGUUCGUGGUAGGAGUGCUCCUGCGUCGCUGCGUGCGAUUGACGUGUUUCCAGGGAGGUUCAGAAGGAACUUUGGUGGUUGUUUUUCUCCUUGGGAGCUGCUUCAUGUUUGCCGGGAUGCUCAAGUUCGAUGGGUUUUCGAUGGCUGGCAAGGUGGGUGCCCUCAUCUACAACCAGCUGGUGCCUGACGAUCAACUGGACGGCACGUCCAAUGAUAUACAUCCGAAACGGGACAAGAAACGGGAGCGGGACAUGCCCAGCAGCCCAUGGAUGGCGAAGCUGUCCUUGCAACGAUGCUUGGUACCGGUGGAGGACAUGGCAACUCCACAUCGCAUUGCCAAGUGGCCAAAGCGAGACGCAUUCAGGCAAGGUUUGCUACGACUGGUGACAUCCGAUGGAUGUGUCUUGGAUCCUCGAGCGUCACUGCUUGAAGCAGGACUUCAUGAUGGAGGAUGCCUCACAGCUAUUGCCGGACAAGCGCGGGUGGCUACAACAACCUCCGCCUUUGCCUUCUGGUGCACUGGUGGCACUGGAGUGGUCACAUGGGGCAAUCCCAUGUGUGGUGGUGACAACUGCCGAGUACAAGAUCAAUUGAACAACGUCCAGCAAGUCUCAGCCACCUUCAGUGCAUUUGCUGCUGUCUUGGCAGAUGGGACGGUGGUGACCUGGGGCGAUGCGAGCCGCGGUGGUGACAGCACCCAAGUUGCAGAUCAGCUGAGGAAUGUGUGGCAGAUCCAUGGGUCCCAUGGGGCAUUUGCUGCGAUUCUGCAAGAUGGCACGGUUGUAUCCUGGGGCCAUCCGCAGUAUGGUGGUGACAGCAGCCUCCUACAGCCGCAGCUCUGCCAAGUUCGUCAGAUCACCGGCACUGCUGGUGCCUUUGCAGCGUUGGGCCAUGGUGGGCUACGCACCUGGGGCGAUGCGGCGUGGGGGGGCGAUAGCAGCAUGGUGCAGGACCAGCUUACAAAUGUGCAGCAGGUUUUCGCCACGAACCGAGCCUUUGCUGCGUUGAAAGCAGAUGGAAGAAUCGUGACCUGGGGUCAUCCUGGAUAUGGUGGAGAUAGCUCCAAGGUACACGAUCAGCUCCAUGAUGUGGUGAAGGUGGUUGCCACUCGUCAUACCUACGGCGCUGCCUUUGCCGCGCUUCGAAGCACUGGAUCGGUGGUGACGUGGGGCCACAGCCUCUAUGGAGGCGACAGUAGUCUGGUGCAGCAUCGCUUGAGGAACGUGCGGCAUAUUUCUGCCACCCUCAGCGCGUUUGCUGCUGUGGGAGAAGAUGGACGUGUCACUACAUGGGGCGAUGCAUUCCUGGGUGGUGACAGCACUGGAGUUCAAGAUCAGCUUGUUGGUGUCAGAGAAAUUUCUGCCACCAGUGGAGCGUUUGCUGCGAUGGCUGAUGGACAUAUUGUCACCUGGGGUGAUGCAUCGCUGGGUGGCGACAGCAGCCAUGUCGCGACAGCUGGGCCGGGGCUGCGAGAAGUUUUUGAAGUGCACGCGACGGAUGGGGCAUUCGCUGCGAUCCUUUCAGAUGGAAGCGUGGUGACAUGGGGCCAUUUGAAUUACGGCGGGAACAGCGCCAGGGUGCAAGAUCAGCUGCGAAAAGUGUAG